AUGGACGACGACUCGAAACGACAAUGGUCCCUCAGCGACUUCGAGAUCGGAAAGCCUCUUGGCAAAGGCAAAUUCGGCAGAGUCUACGUCGCCAGAGAACUCAAGAGCAAAUUUGUUAUUGCAUUGAAGGUUAUUUCGAAGGAACAACUUGAGAAGUACAGAAUCCAUCAUCAACUGAGGAGGGAGAUGGAAAUUCAGUUCAAUCUGAAGCACCCGAACAUCCUUCGUCUCUAUGGUUGGUUUCAUGACUCUGAGAACGUCUUUUUGAUUCUGGAAUAUGCUCACAAUGGUGAGCUUUACAAGGAGCUUAGCAAAAAAGGGCAUUUCAGUGAGCAGCAAGCUGCCACGUAUAUUUUAAGCCUUACAAAGGCAUUGGCAUAUUGUCAUGAGAAGCAUGUAAUUCACAGGGAUAUCAAGCCUGAAAAUUUGUUGCUUGAUCAUGAGGGUCGUCUUAAGAUUGCAGACUUUGGUUGGUCAGUACAAUCUAGAAGCAAAAGGCAUACCAUGUGUGGAACCUUGGAUUAUUUAGCACCCGAAAUGGUAGAAAACAAAGCUCAUGAUUACGCAGUUGAUAACUGGACUUUGGGUAUCCUUUGCUAUGAAUUUCUUUAUGGUGCUCCUCCAUUUGAGGCUGAGAGUCAAGUUGAUACCUUCAAAAGGAUUAUGAAGGUUGACUUAAGUUUCCCUUCUACUCCUUAUGUUUCUCCAGAAGCCAAACAUCUUAUUAGUCGGCUUCUGGUAAAAGACUCUUCACGAAGACUCUCACUUCAGAGGAUAAUGGAGCAUCCUUGGAUAAUCAAGAAUGCAAAUCCUAUGGGUGUCUGCAACUAG